UUCCUUUACGUUUCCAGCGUUGCUUGAGAUUUUGUUCGGAACAGUUUGCGAGGUGCUUUUGUCGGGGGGUCGGUCGGUGAGCAGCAUCAGUGAUGUAUUAACUCAGAGGUUGGCUAUAAAUGUACUCGCUCUUCUGACUGGCUGCAGCAUCCAUUCCAAAAUAUGGACAAAGUUCUAGAGUGUGUUAUCACGAGCGAUCUGCCUCCAUCCACCAAGUUGGUCGUCUUUCAUAACUGCUUAACGCAUUUGAAUGGCGUUGACUGUGUCGAUGACUAUGUCGAUCUCGCAUACGUCUGUCUACUAUAUUCCAGCAAGACUGGUACAUCUGUUGAUGAGACCAGUCGCUGUGCUGUGCAGAGCAUAUGUGAUUAUCUUUUAGUUCGGCUUUCGGACAGCAGUUUCAAUUCCAUCUUCAUGAACAUCGGUGAUAAAGUCUCCUCUCUAGGUGGGACUUCUACCGAGGCACUGCAGCACUUGGAACUACUCAGAUAUUUACAAAAUAUUGAGCGAACAAGCAGGUUAUCCUACCUCUUAGAGAUGCUGGAUCAUGUAGAUGAUACAACACCAUAUUUUACAUCUAUUCUGCGAAUUUGCGCUAAACUGGAAAACCUUUGUUCGAAAAGUGAUCUAGUGCAGCGGUUAAAACGUCACUUUUCCUUCCUCGUUUCUGAUGAAUUCUCAACUUCUUUGGACAAUGUCAAACUUCUUGUAACUGAACUUGUCAGGUUUCUUAGCGUGCUUUCAACUGACGAGCAAGCUGUGGACAGACCGGAAUUUCAAUCUUCGUUGCAUUUGGCAUUUUACUUGGCGAAUCACAUCCUCCAGUUGGUUGUGCGUGCUGAUAAACAGUUCAUGGGAAGAGAAUUUUGUAGUCAGUUUGACACGAGCGCUACCAGUCACCUGCAUACGUUAAUGGACGCUUAUCUUGUUAGUGCGGUCACUACGGAGACGUGUUUCUUCCCACUGGCUGCUCUCCUGUUUUGUUUAGAUCCCCCUUCGAACGGACUCGAUGGGAGUGCACCAACUCUGUGUGCUCUGAUUCAGUCAGUGACGGACGCUCAUAUUGAUUCUACAGACGAAUGCUUUGCCCUUCUACGACGGCUCACCAUGUGGCUUCUGUGGCCAGACGCGGAAGGUUUUCGUUCGCCCAUUGAUAAGUGGAUUAUUGGAUUCGUUUGCGAAAUUUUCAAACGAUUGUUUCACUCGGGAGGUGCCUCUGCAAAUUCGAAAAAUUCAAUUUUAUGGUCGCACUUUAUGGUGGAUCAGCUUCGGUUUGUGAUCCGUCUAGUCUCUAGGCAAACUUUACCUCGAAUGUCUACUUUUCAUACGUUAACUUUUCUUCUACUUGCUGGUAAUCCCGGUUCGAAAGCAGAUCCUCGGUACUCAGUAAUCAAGGACGAACUGCUACCCUUGUUACCCCAAAUACAACAAAGAUGCAGAGAGGGUGUCCUUAGGUCUGACGAGGCAGAGACCUUUUUCUACCGAAUGUCGCAGGUCACUCAGCUUUUGAGUUUCUCCCUGUACAACAACACACCGGGCUCAAAUGGGUUGACUCAACCUUCAGACCCUCUAGAUAGCUGGGAUACGAUUGGUGGCGGUCGCUGGUCUGUUCAGACCAUGCGAGCUCGUUUAAAAGUUUACCAGUGGUCAACUUUGGCGAGGUGGGGUUCGAUGGCAGGGAUAAACCUUCGACGUUGUUGGUCGCGAUGGGAUGAGUCUCCCAUAGAAGAUAACUACGAUGAAUUCCCUGGAAAAAAAUCAGUUUCGAGCACAGUCAAUCAGUGCAGGGUGCUUAACCAGAGCGGUCUCCGUAAUAUUGGGAACACGUGCUACGCAAAUGCUGCCCUACAACUGCUCUAUCACUGCUCCGAUUUUCGACUUGCCGUUCUAGAAGCUGUUCGGCCCAAGUCAUGCAGCCAGCCCGUUCGUCCCUGUUCUGCACCCGGACCACCGUGUUCGUCCUUUGUGGCUGUUCCCGAGCUCUCCAAACUGUGUGUGAACAAGGAUCUGGCUGCAACUGCUACGACUGGUGGGCUUCUGCGUUCUCAACUAUUUGCCCUAUUUUGUGCACUAAGCACACAUCAGGGCCAAACUGUGCGAGAUCCCGGUGCUGUACUCACGCUUUCCAAACCGGCACACUUCGUCAUUGGAGAGCAGCAAGAUGCCGUUGAGUACUUGAACCACUUACUUGAUCGGCUUCACGAAGAAGAAUUGCAAGCAACCGAUCCUAGUCUGCUCAAAUCAAAACACCAGCAACUAGAUGACAGCCAAAUAUGCCUCUCGGCUGAUCGUACUCGUAGCGUUCUCAAUCCAUCCCUACCGUGUCAUCGGUCUAUUCGCCGUACUAACAGUUCACCAGAUCUCGGAACUGAAUCCCAACCCACGCAAAUUGCCGGAUCAGCACCUACCGAUACCGCUGCUGCAGCAGGCCAGCAUAUGUCCCUAGUGCGGCAGUUGUUCGGCGGUCAAUUGGUUCGACAUACAUCUUGCACAGAGUGCGCCCAUGUGUCCAGCACAUGUGACGAGUACUUCUCAUGCUUGUAUCUCCCGGUCGCGUCGUCGGAGGAUCUGGCCUUCGACGAAGAACAAAAACCAUCCAACUCUGUUUUUCAGGUGGAAUCGGGCUCACGUGUAAGCAACACAGAUUUGGACCUCACGUCCCUCAUUCGAGCUCAUUUCACCCGAACAGAAUAUGUCUCUACUCAAAACGAGUGCGAAUCUUGCGGCAAGGUCACGAAGCGCGCGAGAAGACUGAGUCUACGAAAGCUCGCUUCUCACGUGCUAAUCUGUUUGAACAUAUUCACCUUUUGCCGUGUGAAGCAAACAUCGUCCAAAAUCUUGCGUCCAAUAUCCAUUCCCGAACGUCUUUCUGUCACCCUGUCGGACCACACUGCCAGUGAGAAUGGAUACUUUUGUGAUGAGAAACAGGGAUCGCGGUCGCUUGCCACCAGGUCGUACGCGUUGCAGGGAAUGAUAUUACAUCAUGGCUUGUCCAUCAGUUGUGGUCAUUAUACCUGCGUGGCCCGAGUGGGGAUGCAGUGGAUCUGGUUCGAUGAUGACAUUGCUCAGUACACCUCGUUGGAGCAAGUCUAUGCACAACCUAUGACCACACCCUAUCUGCUUCUAUACUCUCAGACCUGACCCGCGCGCGACUAGACUGUGUUGUGUAUCUUUCUCAAAAUUUCCCUCUCUUGUUGAUUUAACCGUGCGCAUAUUGUACAACUACAGUGAAAGAUACAUCUGCUC